CCUGGAUCCCCCGGCCCCGGCCCGGGUGUCAUCUUACACUCCUUAUAUAGACUGGGAGCCGGGGAGAGCUGGCAGGACUCAGAGCUUGUCCUUCUUCCGCCUGCAGCCUUGGAUUGGUGACAUGGAGGAAUACAAAGUGACUCUGGAUGGUCCGGCCCCAUGGGGCUUCAGAUUGCAGGGGGGAAAGGACUUUAACAUGCCGCUCUCCAUCUCCCGGCUAACACCAGGGGGAAAAGCUGAAGUGACUGGUGUUAAUGUGGGGGACUGGUUAUUACAGAUUGAUGGAGAGAGCACUACAAAUAUGACUCACAUCGAGGCCCAGAAUAAGAUCCGAGCCUGCAGCAACAAGCUGCCUUUAGUUCUGAGCAGGUUCUCGCUGGGAUUGAGCAAUCAGCCAAAGGGUGUGCUUACUCCUGAUACCCAAGCCGUGAAGUAUAAUUUUGCACCAAGCACAGCUCUCAACAAAACCGCCCGGCCGUUUGGUGCCGGGACACCACCCCCAGACAACUCUCGGGCAGCUCAGGUCACCAAGGCAGUGACUUACAACCCCCCUCCACCGUCCUAUACCAACAACCAAACAUCCCGAGCCCAGCAUCAGAACGGGCAAAACUCAAGGAAUGUAUCUAUACAUGCUGGACAAGAUGCCACUGAUUUUCCAGCCCCUCCUCCACUCUCUACUGGACCGGCAGUCCGGCCCCCUUGGACCACUGAUCCCUCCUUUGCUGAGCGCUAUGCUCCAGACAAAACUACCACUGUAAUGACUAAACACAGUCAGCCAGCGACCCUCACUCCAGCUCAGAACCGCAGUUCCAUCCUGCAGGCUGCGCAGCCUGCUCCAUCUGGGGAAAAGACUCCUAUUUGCUCCCAGUGUAACAAGGUCAUUCGAGGGAGAUACCUACUAGCACUGGGUCGUUACUAUCAUCCUGAGGAGUUUACCUGCUCACAGUGCCACAAAGUAGUAGAGGAAGGAGGAUUCUUUGAAGAAAAGGGAUCCAUAUUCUGUCCAAGAUGCUAUGAUGUCCGGUUUGCUCCUAAUUGCGCUAAGUGCAAAAAGAAGAUUACAGGGGAGAUCAUGCAUGCUUUAAAAAUGACUUGGCAUGUUCAGUGCUUCACUUGUGCCUUCUGUAAGGCCCCCAUUCGCAACCGAGCUUUUUACAUGGAGGAAGGACAGCCAUACUGUGAAAAAGAUUAUGAAAAGAUGUUUGGUACUAAGUGCCGGGGCUGUGACUUUAAGAUUGAUGCCGGUGACCGUUUCUUGGAAGCUCUUGGAUUCAGCUGGCAUGACACCUGUUUUGUGUGUGCGAUCUGUCAAGCUAAUUUGGAAGGCAAGACGUUUUACUCAAAGAAGGAUAAGCCUCUCUGCAAGACUCAUGCCUUCUCCAAUGUCUGAAUAGCUGGCUUAACUGCACAUUGGCACACUUACACUCUCACAGACACGCACACAUCAUACACAGUAUAGCUACCUGCAUGAUGUAUGGGAUCCAUAAGAGCCUUGAUGGGUUGGACACCCAAAUACACAUUCAUUUAUGUUAGGAACCUGCAGUGAAUGAAGAACGGGCUGGAUUACAGUUACAUUUCAGCUUUAGAUCAAAGGCUUAGUCCAUCGUAACCGUAGGUGCUAAUCAUUAUUAAUUGAUAGUCUCUGCAAUUUCUUUUGUUUGCUUAUAUUUGGUAAGUGGCAGAGGAAAGAAUGUUAUAAUAAACAUAUAGCAAACCUCCAGAGAGCUGAAAAAGUCCUUGCUAAAUAAUUAUGUUAACCAUUUCAAAACAUAUAACACAAAAAGGUUACUAUGAGCACCGACACUUCAAAGCUACAUAGGCAUCAACAUUUGCAGACUUCAAAACUUACUUUUGACAUUCAGUAUUCCAAAGUAAGAGACCUCAGUGUGUACAUUUUUAACGACAAUAGAAAUUAACACUCCGUAAAGUACCUUAGAUGAGGUAGAUGACAGAGGAAAGAAUGCAGGAGACACAUGGUUGAGAGCUUGCACGUUUACAUAGAGAAAAUGGAGAACUAUAGCUAGUUUACAAUUUAAAAGGGUAGAAAAUUUAUACUGAAGGGGGGAUACAAGAGAGGGGAAGUUUACAUAGGGCACAGUUUACAGAUUUUGCACACACAUUGGCUUAUUUAUGAACAGUGGGAAAUGCAAUAACUGUGUUAUCAAGUGCAGUAACCCAUAGGAUCCAGAUUCCAGUUCACCUUAAUCAAAUGAAUUUGAGGUUCAUUCUGAUUAUUAUGGCAUGCUGUGCUUUACAGUUAUAGUAUUUUGUCCUAUUUAAUAAACCUGACUGUUCUAUUUUGAUUUUACUUGUGUGUAUAUAGAUAUAUAAUGCAGCUACAUUAUACAUAGCGGAUCCCUGUUACAUUUUUCAUUUGCCAAGCAGAUUUAUGAAUUUAGCGUAGUGAAUAUUGAUAUUAAAUGUACAACAUGUUAGCGUCCAUUUGGAGUAUAGAAUAACUAAUUCAGUCUUACUCUUGAUAUUGUUCAAUAUAGUAUAGAUAUGAUAGUGUGUGAGCUGUUUUGUAUGCACUGAUCCAUUAGCUUAAAAUUCUUGGGAAAUCCUUAAGGCAUGACAUUGGAAUUGCAACUCAGGCCACAAUAUGAUGUAACCUCCGUCGUGGAAUAGAAGUCACAAGAAAAAAA